UCUUGGGAGGAAGUGGCAUGCAAAUGAGGACCCCGGGUUCCGGAGUUGACUUCAGGGUGUUCGGACGCAGCCUAAAGAACACAAGCUUCUCCCGAAAGAGCCACACAUUUCUGCCCAAGAUCUUCUUUCGUAAAAUGUCAUCGUCGGGGGCCAAGGACAAGCCUGAGCUGCAGUUUCCCUUCCUCCAGGAUGAGGACACAGUGGCCGUGCUCCAUGAGUGCAAGACACUCUUUAUCCUGCGCGGCCUGCCCGGCAGCGGCAAAUCUACCCUGGCUCGGGUCAUCGUGGACAAGUACCACGAUGGCACCAAGAUGGUGUCUGCUGAUGCUUACAAGAUCACCCCAGGCAGCCGAGGAGACUUCUCGGAGGAGUACAAGCGGCUGGACGGGGAGCUGGCUGCCUACUGCCGUCGGAACAUACGAGUUCUUGUGCUCGACGACACCAACCAUGAACGGGAGCGGCUGGAACAGCUCUUUGAAAUGGCUGACCAGUACCAGUACCAGGUGGCGUUGGUAGAACCCAAGACCGCAUGGAGGCUGGACUGUGCCCAGCUCAAGGAGAAGAACCAGUGGCAGCUGUCGGCCGAUGACCUUAAGAAGCUGAAGCCUGGGCUGGAGAAGGACUUCCUGCCACUCUACUUCGGCUGGUUCCUGACCCAGAAGAGCUCUGAGACCCUGCGCAAAGCUGGCCAGGUCUUCCUGGAGGAGCUGGGGAGCCACAAGGCCUUCAAGAAGGAGCUGCGACACUUUGUCUCUGGGGAUGAACACGGAAAGAUCGAAUUGCUCAGCUACUUUGAAAAGAGACCUCCGGGCGUGCUGCAUUGUACAACCAAGUUCUGUGACUACGGGAAGGCCCCUGGGGCCGAUGAAUACGCACAACAGGAUGUGGUGAAGAAGUCUUACAUGAAGGCCUUCACACUGACCAUUUCUGCCCUCUUUGUGACACCCAGAACAACAGGGGCCCGGGUGGAAUUGAGUGAGCAGGAGCUGCAGUUGUGGCCAAAUGAUGUGGACAAGCUGUUAUCUGACAGCCUGCCCCGGGGGAGCCGUGCUCACAUCACCCUGGGCUGUGCAGCCGAUGUGGAGGCCAACCAGACCGGCCUUGACCUCCUAGAGAUUGUGCGGCAGGAGAAGGGGGGCAGCCGAGGGGAGGAGGUGGGUCAGCUCUCCCGGGGCAAGCUCUACUCCUUGGGCAAAGGGUGUUGGAUGCUGAACCUGGCCAAGAAGAUUGAGGUCAAGGCCAUCUUCACAGGAUAUUACGGGAAGGGCAAACUUGUACCCACACACGGCAGCCGGAAGGGGGGCACCUUGCAGUCCUGUACCAUCAUAUGAGGGGUCUUAGCAUUCUGCACCCCUGCUCUAGAUGGGAGCAGGUACAGGGCAAUCGUGCCCUCAGCUUGGUUUUUAUGAUUUUGUUUUUACUCAGUUAACCUAUCUGUAACUUUCAAAACAAAAAACCACCAAACAACUUGUAAAAUAACUGCCUCUCCCUUCCUGCCCACCUGGCCUGUUCCCCUCUUAACUAAACUCAAGCUCUCAACACAAGCUGGGCAGGUGGGUGGACACCAUUCAGGACCCUGAGCUGAUAAGGCUGGGAUGCUGGGGCUAGGGCUGCACCAGUCCCCAGGAACUGGCAGACCGGCCCUGAGCCCAGGACUGUCCAGAGCGGCACACACUGCUGACUGGAGGCAAGAGGCAAUGACUUUGGGGAGGGCCCCUGGGUUCUGAUCCCAUUUUUUAAUCAUUUAAAGCUCCUGGAAGGCUGAGGCUAUUUGCCAGGGUAGGAAAUGGGAUUUACCCUCCCACCUUUGGUCCUAAGGCCCUUUAUAACUAGUCCCUUGCUAACUAGGGAAAACCAGAAAAACAGUAAUAAGCAGUAGCCAUGUCCAAGACUGCUUACUGAUCUCACCCCAAAAGGGGAUGUGCUCUGCUGUGGGCCCACAAGAUCAAAGCCAAAGACACAUGACCAGGGACGUUAACUACCUUGCUAUCUGUCUAGCUGAUCUUGCCUCCAUGGUACUGGCUAGGUCUCCCCUAAAGGGGGCUGGUGGAUACCAAGAUCCAGCGGAGGUCCCGGGACCACUGGCUGGUGAGAAAAGUACCAUCUGCUCUUCUGGGGGAGUAUGAACACUGCUCUCUGUGCCGUGCUUCCUGAGGUGCUUUCCACUGCCCUCUGCUCAGUAACCAGACUAUGCUAAUCAAGCUGUCAACUCAACAAAAGUGUUUUAAGUUCCUAUCCUGGUUGCCCAAUGUCAGCAACUUGUAAGACUGAUAAUAAAUAAAUCAUGUUAAUCUUA